GGCGGCCUCCGGCAGCCUGCCCUCCCCGCCCCCACCUGCUGCACCUUGGUGUGAGGCGGGGCCAACUCGGCGGGGCGGGGCAGGCGGAGCCGUCCUACCUUCCUACACCCAGACUCCAACCCGGAACUAACCUCGGCUCCCUUGGGAAGGCCGCGUUGCAUGGCCAGGAGCCGCAGUCUGGGCAGCGAGUGCGGGACACCGAGGUCAGGUCUCGGAAAGGGAAGACCUCUUCGUCCCUAGGGGCUCCAGGCCAGGUGCGCCCUUGGCCGUAGGUGCAUCGUCUCCGGAAAGUGCAGGCGCCCACGUCCCGGCUGGACCAUGGCGCCUCCGCGGAACGUGGUGAAGAUUGCCAUCCAGAUGCGUGACGCCAUCCCGCAGCUCAUCCAGCUGGACCAGGUCACCCGGCUGGUCCCGCCUCCAUCUGCCCCGCCGCCCCACCUCCCGGUAGCCCCCUGGCCCUCGGGGCAGCCCGCCCCACCCUUCCCCCCAGGCUCCUCCCCAUCCCUCCCUGCCCAGGCCGUGAGAAUGACCACUCCACUUGCAGGCGAAGCCCCUGGCCGCUGUGCUGAAGGAGGUGUGCGACGCGUGAGUGCUGCCGGGCCAGGGCCUGCGGAGGGCGGGAGGGCAGGAGGGGCGGCGCCCCCUGCCGGCCUCGCUGAGCCUCGUGCCCCGCAGGUGGAGCCUGACGCACUCUGAGCGCUACGCCCUGCAGUUUGCGGAUGGGCACAGGAGAUACAUCACCGAGAAUAACCGCGCGGAGAUCAAGAAUGGCAGCAUCCUGUGCCUCAGCACGGCCCCAGUAAUGCCCCUCCCGUCCCGCCUUCCCCAUCCCUGCCCCUUUGCCCCAGGUCCGGAGGCCCCCUGCCCCGGAGGCCCCCGCCCCAGCCGUACCUUGCGCCACCUAGUUGACUCCCGGGGCUGCACACUUCCAGGUCCCACCCUUACCAUGCCCAGCCUCUUCACCUCUGCUCCUGCUCCGCUCCUGCCAGGACCUUGAGGCUGAGCAGCUCUUGGGUGGGCUGCAGAGUGACAGUCGUGAAGGGCGCCGGGACGCCCUGAGGCGCCUCGUUCCGCUGGCCUCGGACAUGACCUUUGCCAGGGAGGUCAUCAGCCGUAAUGGGCUCCAGAGACUAGGCACCAUCAUUGAGGAUGGGGACGACCUAGGAGAGGUGCUGGCCCUCAGCCUGAGGGCCUUCUCAGAGCUCAUGGAGCACGGUGUGGUGUCCUGGGAGACACUGAACAUCCCCUUUGUGAGGAAGGUGGUGUGCUACGUGAACAUGAACCUCAUGGAUGCCUCCGUGCCACCCCUGGCCCUUGGGCUGCUGGAGAGUGUGACCUUGAGCAGCCCAGCCCUGGGCCAGCUGGUCAAGAGCGAGGUGCCCCUGGAUAGGCUGCUGGUGCACCUACAGGUGAUGAACCAGCAGCUGCAAACCAAGGCCAUGGCCCUGCUGACAGCCUUGCUGCAGGGGGCCAGCCCUAUGGAACGCAAGCACAUGCUUGACUAUCUUUGGCAGAGGAACCUUCGCCAGUUCAUCUAUAAGGUAGGAAGUGGUGGGCCAGGGGGACCUCUCCGGCCCUCCCUCCCCGUGAGCCCUCGCUCACACCAGGGACUGGCUGUCCUGCAGAACAUCAUCCACAGUGCAGCACCAAUGGGCGACGAGAUGGCUCACCACCUGUACGUACUGCAGGCCCUCACGCUGGGGCUGCUGGAGUCGCGCAUGCGGACGCCCCUGGACCCCUACAGCCAGGAGCAGCGGGAGCAGCUGCAGGUCCUGCGCCAGGCCGCCUUCGAGGUGGAAGGGGAGUCCUCGGGUGCCGGGCUGAGUGCUGACCGUCGCCGUUCCCUCUGUGCCCGAGAGUUCCGCAAACUGGGCUUCUCUAACAGCAACCCAGCACAGGACCUGGAGCGCGUGCCCCCCGGUCUGCUGGCCCUGGACAACAUGUUGUACUUCUCCAGAAAUGCGCCCAGCGCGUAUAGCCGGGUCGGUGACAGGGUAGGGUGGGGGGUGGCAGCAUCCCCCAGGCAGGGUCCCCAUGGGCUUAGCUGUGACUCCUUGCCCCAUUCUCUGCCCCCCCAGUUUGUGUUGGAGAACAGCAGCCGCGAGGACAAGCACGAGUGCCCCUUUGCCCGGGGCAGCAUCCAGCUAACGGUGCUGCUGUGUGAGCUGCUUCGCGUUGGGGAGCCCUGCUCUGAGACAGCCCAGGACUUCUCGCCCAUGUUCUUUGGCCAAGACCAGAGCUUCCACGAGCUCUUCUGUGUGGGCAUCCAGCUGUUGAAUAAGACCUGGAAGGAGAUGCGGGCUACACAGGAGGACUUCGACAAGGUCAUGCAGGUGGUGCGGGAGCAGCUGGCCCGCACUCUGGCCCUGAAGCCCACCUCCCUGGAGCUCUUCCGAACAAAGGUGAAUGCACUCACUUAUGGGGAGGUGCUGCGGCUGCGGCAGACUGAACGGCUGCACCAGGAGGGCACACUGGCUCCCCCUAUACUGGAGCUGCGGGAGAAGCUGAAGCCAGAGCUCAUGGGCCUGAUCCGCCAGCAGCGCUUGCUCCGCCUCUGUGAGGGGACGCUCUUCCGCAAGAUCAGCAGCCGGCGGCGCCAGGAUAAGCUGUGGUUCUGCUGCCUGUCCCCCAACCACAAGCUGCUGCAGUACGGAGACAUGGAGGAGGGCGCCAGCCCGCCUACCCUGGAGAGUCUGCCCGAGCAACGUAAGGCGGGCAGGGGCGGGGGCCAGACCCCAGACUGCCCUGGGCCCCGGUGCUGCCAGGGCUGCAGUGCUCAGCCCAGCCUUCUUCCUGCAGUCCCUGUGGCUGACAUGAGGGCACUCCUGACAGGCAAGGACUGCCCCCAUGUCCGGGAGAAGGGCUCCGGGAAGCAGAACAAGGUGGGUACAGUGGGCCGGGGGCUCCUUCCCGCCCGCCCCCGCCUUCCCUGUCCCCUGCUCAGUGUCUCCGCUCCCUUGCUUCCCCAGGACCUCUAUGAGUUGGCCUUUUCCAUCAGCUAUGACCGUGGGGAGGAGGAGGCAUACCUCAACUUCAUUGCCCCCUCCAAGCGGGAGUUCUACCUGUGGACAGACGGGCUCAGUGCCUUGCUGGGCAGUCCCAUGGGCAGCGAGCAGACACGGCUGGACCUGGAGCAGCUGCUGACCAUGGAGACCAAGCUGCGUCUGCUGGAGCUGGAAAAUGUGCCCAUCCCCGAGCGGCCACCCCCUGUGCCCCCACCCCCCACCAACUUCAACUUCUGCUAUGACUGCAGCAUCGCUGAACCUUGACAGUGUGGCUGGCCACGGGCCACAGCUGCGGCCACUGCAGCAGCCAUGAAGGGCAGUGGGUAGAGGAGUGCAGACACCCUGACCAGCAGAGAUUGCUGCAGAAAUAAAGUCUGCUUGGCUCUUGGGAUA